ACUAUUAUUUAUUUGUUUCCUAUUUUAGUUGUUCCUGACCUCAAGAUGAGUAAAAAGAAUCUUUGACCCUAUUGUAUUUGGGUAAUUAAUCUGAGGAAGCAAACGUUGGAGGAAAUCUUGACCCUCUCUCCCUUGACCAGGGUUGGAGCAUCCAUAGGAAAGGAGUCUCUCAGAUAAUGAGCAGGUCUAGGCGUCCAGGGUCACAGUAGUUCCUGACCAUCAUUAAAGCUGGAGUAUGGUCUCUUUCAGGUAGAUGGUCUGGGAAGGUCCUGUGGUCAAGGAACAAGACACACCAAAAAUCAUCUGUCCAUCCUUCCUCAGGGCACCUGUCCUGCAGAUUUCCUGGGAAGUCUGAAGCUAUUCUUUGGAGAUACAGAAUUAGCAUCCCCAUCUCCUAAGUUUCAGACAGAGGAAGAUGGCUCUUUUUGCGGUCCUAAAAAUUCUGAUGUUUCUUCUUAACAGCAUCUUAUUUUUUGGGGGAUUGGGACUACUGGCCAUUGGCUUAUGUCUGAACGCUGAAGGAAGUGCCUUUUCUGCCUUAAUCGGGGCUUCAGUCUCGCCAUUCAGUCAGCUCGUGCUCAUCAGAUAUCUCUGCAUCAUCAUCGGCAGCAUCCUCUUGUUCCUGGGAAUCCUGGGCUGCUGGGGGGCCGUAAAGGAAAACAAGAGCCUGUUGUUGCUGUUCUUCAUCAUCAUAUUGAUCAUCUUCCUGGUCAAGCUGUCAAGUGUUAUAAUCAUCCUGGUCUUCUCCUCAUUUGCAAACUUGCUUAUCACAUAUUUUGAAACUGAGGCAGUCAAAUCGCUACAAGAGUCCUAUGGUGUGGAUAAAAAAGUCACAGAAUUGUGGAACGGCGUCAUGCAAGAGAUGGUCUGCUGUGGAUUUCACAAUUAUACUGAUUUUAUCGGCUCUAAAUACCUGAAUCAAAGUGGUGGCUAUUAUCCUCCUUACUGCUGUUACCGUUAUGAUAUGCCGUCUAAAUGCCCGGAGAUUAAAGCUAUGGAUUUACAAGGAUGUUUACAAAAGCUGAAGAACUCUUUGGAAGACAAUAAAAAGUUGAUUAGAGGUGUUGGAUCUGGAAUUAUGGUCUUUGAGGUGGCAGCCAUGGCGGUCUCCAUGAUCCUAUUUUUCAAAAUUGGUGACAUUUCAUACGAAUGA